CCAAGGAGCAUGACUGUGUCCUGUAACACUUUUCCUUUUGUUCCCAGGGUUUGAAGAGUGACUGCUGACUCUCUACAGUGAAAAGUACUUUGUGCAGCUACUCUGAGCAGACUGAAGGAAGCCUCUUUACUUCACGUCACUUUCCGACAAGCAAAAGCUCUACAGGAAAGGAAAAUGAGACUUAAACAAGCUUACAGUUCAAGCUCACGGAUAUCUCGCACAGAGGCACUGAGAUAAAGCUUAACUUGUGAAAGAUGUAAACUCGUCGGUUCAUGCCCGCCUCACAGUUACCCUCUACAAGUUAGGACCUGCCUUAACAUGAGAACUACCAGGAUAUGUCAGAUGGGAAGUGGCGAGAUCACGUGAAAUCGGAAAGAUUUGUCUGAAAUCGUAGUUUAGGACAAUUUUCGUGCAAUUUCUAAGGAAGUGAAAUCAUCAAAAAUGCUACAGAUUCGUGACAUGACGUUUGUAAAGGCUACACUGUAUCUACUUUGCUACAUGUGCCUGGUGUGGCGGAACACUGUUGCCAUGGAAGGCUACUUGUCGUAUCAUGGCGACAUCAUGUUGGGCGGGUUGUUCUCGAUGCACACGGUACUACAGACCGCCCAGGACGACCAGCUUGCCACGGAGGCAAAGUGCGAGAACUUCCGUUAUCGUGGUUUCCGCGAACUCAGCGCCAUGCGGUAUGCUAUCGAGGAGAUAAACAAUAGCUCUACGCUGCUACCCGACAUCCAACUCGGCUACAACAUCUUCGACGACUGUAACCACGUGAAAAAAGCGCUGGCGGCGUCGCUACGGUUUGCAGCCAGGAACAACAUCGCUACAAUAGGUUUCGACGACGACUGCCAGUGCAACUUUGCGAACCCAGCAACGUUAGGCAUUGUUGGACCGACCAGUUCUGACAAAGCGAUAUCCGUCGCCAACCUCCUUGGGCUUUUUGACAUACCUAUGAUCAGCUAUGCCGCUACCAGCAAGACGCUAAGCAACAAAUCCCAGUUCCCAAACUUCCUCAGAACUGUUCCCAGCGACUUCGAACAGCCCAAAGUCAUGGCGGAAGUUGUUGCACACUUCAACUGGACGUGGGUGGGAACCAUAGCGGGCGACAACGCGUACGGCAGACCAGGAAUCGAAAAGUUCCUCACCGAAGCCGAAAACAAAAGUAUCUGCGUCGCUUUUACAAAGUACAUCACAGCGACGGAAGGGAUCGACGAAGCCCUUGACGCGAUAGAGAGAAACCGGGAUGUCAAGGUAAUUGUUGCCUUUAUCGAUGGUUCGAAACUGGAGCCACUAAUACGCCGUAUAAAGCGGCAAGACAUCACAUGGAUCGCGUCCGAAGCCUGGUCUACUUCCUCUUCGAUACUCAAGUUCACCAACGUGACUCGAGGCACACUUGGCAUCCAGCUACGCACGGGGAGAAUCGGGGGGUUCUGGGAAUACCUAAGCAGCUUAAGCCCCCUUAAGGAACCUCAUAACAAACUCCUACAAGCCAUGUGGGAGGAGGAGUUUAACUGUAAGUACGAACGUGACAACACAACGUGUGAUUCCCCACCCCCUGGGGAUGUUACCCCUACCCCUGGGAUCAACGUGGCUGCCCAGAACUGCACCUCGACCCUCUGUACCAAGCAGGAGAGUCUGGAAGGUUCGAAACUGCUCGACUACAACGAUCUGGAGCUGACGACAGCCUUCCACUCGUAUGUGGCUGUCUAUGCUUACGCACAUGCUCUACAUGACAUCUUUGAAUGCCGUCCUGAAACCAGCCCACUGGCUGAUAGGUCCUGCCCCAAUGUGUCAGCCAUCACCCCUCGCGAGCUGCUGCAGUUUGUGCGGAACGUCAACUUCACCGACUCCGUGGGCGAGACCGUGACCUUUGACCAGAACGGGGAACCGGCGCCGCAGUACAGUAUCCUGAACUGGCAGGAGCAAAACGGGAGGCUCGAGAUCGUCCGCGUGGCAAAUGUGGUGGGGAGGCAGGGGCUGGAGCUGAACCACAGCAUAAGGAUACAGUGGAACAAUGGGGACAACAUCACGCAUAAUGACGUUCCAGUCUCAACCUGUAGCCAGACUUGUGAGCCGGGUUUCUAUAAGGGGAGGAUACAGGGGAAACCAACUUGCUGCUGGGACUGUCUGCCGUGUGGGGAGGGCAACAUUUCUAUAACUACAGAUGCAGAAAUCUGCAUACCGUGUGGCGAGCGGGAAUACAACAGCCUGGAUCACACCGAGUGUCUCGCCCGUGAGGUCGACUUUCUCGACUGGACAGACCCCAUGUCUAUCGUGUUUCUUGCGCUGGUCUGCCUCGGAACCAUUCUGACCAUCCUAAUCACGAUCCUGUUCUUCGCAAAGCGGAACACACCGGUUGUGAAAGCAUCGAGUCGCGAGCUACUCUUCAUUCUGCUACUGGGUCUCUUGCUGUGUUUCGUCAGCUUCAUACCCUUCAUUGGAUAUCCCACCCACGCAACCUGCAUACUGAGGCCUUAUCCUCUUGGUCUGGGUUUCACUAUUAGUAUUUCUGUUAUCCUCGUGAAGACAAACCGCGUGCGUGUCAUCUUCGAAGCCCGGCUACCAAGCAGCCUGCACCGCAAGUGGCUGGGGAUUCGCAUACAGCUGCUGUCGGUUUUUCUCGCUGUUCUGGGGAUGCUUGUCGUUCUGAUCGUGUGGAGUGUUGUUGCACCACCUUACCCCGAAGAGAAUUUCAAAAUUGAGCGAGACAAGAUCUUCCUGGAGUGCAAGGCUGGCACGUGGGUCGGCUGGGGAGUGAUGAUUGGCUACAUUGUUGUACUGGCUAUCUGCUGCUUCUACUUCGCCUUCAAGGCGAGAAAACUGCCGGAAAACUUUAACGAAGCCAAGUUCAUCGUCUUGAGCAUGCUGAUCUUCUUCAUUGUGUGGAUUUCGAUCAUCCCUGCCUACAUCGGGACCGAGGGAAAGUUCGUUGUGAUGACCCAGGGAAUCGCGAUCUACGCGUCCAGCUUCGGGCUGCUCGCAUGUUUCUUCUUCCCGAAGUGCUGGGUGAUCCUGGUGACGCCCGAGCGAAACACGAUGGCCUACAUUCGGGAGUCGACCACCGAGCACUCCUUUGUCACGGCCGCGCGCGUCACAAUCAGAAAGCAAACCGAGGAUACACAAACGUCCACCGGAUCCAAAGGAUCCUCGGGCAGCCUGUUCAGAAAGAGUAAGAAGGACGGAAGCGGAUCGCGCAAAAAGGGCGAGGCUCUGAAAAUGGAGCCGCAGGGGAACAAGAACACAUCCAACAACAACAGGCUUAGUCCUCUGCAUAUAAGUAACACUCCGGAGCAAGUCUUCCGCGAAAGGAGCUGCUCUUCGCCCACAAUCAUCAUCACUGAACACCAGGAAAAUACACACACCAUGCAAACAGAAGACCAGUCCACUGUCCAUAUAAACAACGAAGAAACAAACCACAGCAGCAUUGUGCCAAAUAAGAAUGUCUUGUUUCGUCCUCAAAACCCAGAAGUUAAAGAUGAGGCAAUGCUGGCGCACUUGUCGAAAAACCCUACAGCUUCAAAGAAGCCUCAUUUCACAUUUGACGUAGACACAGAAAGACAGUCGUCACCUUCUGGCUUACCGGACGCAGAAAAACAACAAGAGGAGGACAAAGAUGAAUCAAACAGAAGCAUCACAUUGAGUGAAAGUUCUGAAGACUCCAUAGAUUCGAACACAGGCUGUCCGUUACUGACGGCCUACUCGGAUGAACUACCCCCUCCGAGGGAGAAUAGCUCCUCUGACGAACCUUUCCAAAGUGUGUCCGACGCGCGUGUACAGCCAAUCGAAGGUGCGCAUGACACGUCAGAUUCCGUGCAAUCUUCUCAGAUUGUGUUGGAAACACCUGUACAACCUUCUCAAGUGUCUGACACAACAUCUGUUCAAAAGGCACAACCUCCACCAAAAGCGUCUGACUCUGAGGCAUCCGUACAGUUCCCCCAAACAUUGGACAUGUCAGUGCAAUCAGCUACAACAAAGACCAACAGGACUACAAUAGAGGACACUGAUGUCACUUUUGUAUAG